AUGACAGGUGGCACGACAUCGAUAUGGGACGCCGGAGGCCUCAUGCCGGCGAUGCGCUUUGCCUCAUCGCGCAGCUUGCUGCGUGCUUGGUCUGCAGCUGCUGGGUACUUCAUGCUCGAAUGCGCUUGGAGUGCCGCUACGCGGACAUCGCAGCACGAUUUCGGAUUCUUCAAGCUCGUGCAGGUGUCAGACAUGGAGGAGGUGCUUCGUUUGGCGGCUUCCAUUGCGGCCUACGCUGUGUUCUCACACCGACUGUUCGUGACACCCGAAGCUCCGGCAAUGAUGCAGCAGAAGGUCGCCUGA